ACACUAGAUAUAUAGUCUCAUCAAUCUGAACCCUGAGAAACUCUCAAACACUACGAGUAUGGAAUUGUCUAAGAUUUCAUUAUCCCUCAUUUCCCUCAUAGCCUUCGCCCUACUCCAUUCCACUCAUGCACAAAACUCACCCCAGGACUACCUCAAUGCCCACAACAGUGCUCGAGCCGCCGUGGGCGUGGGAGGCUUGACAUGGGACACUAAUCUAGCCACUUAUGCGCAAAGAUAUGCUAAUUCACAUAUUGGUGAUUGCAACCUGGUGCAUUCUGGUGGGCCUUACGGCGAAAACCUUGCAAAGAGCACCGGCGACUUAUCAGGCACAUCUGCUGUGAACUUGUGGGUGGGAGAGAAGGCAAACUAUGAUUACAACUCUAACACAUGUGCUUCUGGCAAGGUCUGUGGGCAUUACACGCAGGUCGUUUGGCGCAACUCGGCACGUGUGGGGUGUGCCAAAGUGAGGUGCAACAAUGGAGGUACUUUCAUCGGGUGCAAUUAUGAUCCCCGGGGAAACAUCGUUGGUCAGAAGCCUUACUGAUCUACUCAGAAAACCACUGCACAUUAAGGCUAUAGUUCUAAGAAUAAGUGAAAUUUGGACCAAAACAUGUUGAAGCUAGUUAAGAGCUUCAGUCAAGAAUGACUUGAAUUGUUGGAAUAAAAUUGGUUGCUAUUUAUGAAUUUUAAAUAUAUGAUGCAUAAGUUAUCUGCUUGUA